AUGAAAUCCUCGAUCUUCAUUGCCGCUUCAGGCGCCAUCCUAGCCGCUGCGAGCCCCAUGCUCGAGCGACGAAGACUGUUUGUCGAGACCGAGGUCGUGGUGCAGUUCGUUACUGUGACGGUAUCCGGUGGAUCGACGAUUGCCGCCAACCAGGCCAAAGUUGUUCCGCCCGCCACUUCCAUUCCUAUCCCCGUGCCGACACCUGCGCCAGUUGUCGUCGCUCCGGCCGCUCCUCUUGCAUCAUCUCCUCCGCCUCCGCCACCCCCGCCGUCGCCAUCGCCAUCUCCGCCUCCGGCACCGGUUGCGCCAGUGGUCGUCAAGCCCUCGCUGUCACCCUCUCCCGCUCCCGCCGCCUCUCCUCAGGUCGCAGCCGCCGCGGCGCCGGCUAAUGACUACCAGGCCAUUGCUCUUCAGAAUCAUAAUGUUCAUCGAUCCAACCAUUCGGCGGGCGACUUGACGUGGGGCGAUAGUUAUGCUGGCUUCGCCCAGCAGCUCGCGUCUAAGUGCGUGUUCAAGCACGACCUUGAAAUCGGCGGAGGCGGUUACGGUCAGAACCUUGCCAUGGUCGCCAGGUCUAACAGCCCAGAGGAAAUUGGCCCUAACAAUGCUGUCGGCCAAGCAGCCUCUAACUUUUGGUACAACGGCGAGUUCAACUCGUUUGUCGAGUACGGUAGCCCGUCACCAAACCAGGAUACCUUCAAAGACUGGGGCCACUUUUCGCAAGUUGUCUGGAAGGGCACUCAACAAGUCGGCUGUGCUUCCCAGUUCUGCCCAGCAGGAACCAUUGUUAAGACGAUGGGUUCCUGGUUCACUGUCUGCAACUAUUUCCCGCAGGGUAAUGUUGGUGGAUCCUUUGACAAGAAUGUGUUGCGUCCACUUGGUCGACCCACUGUCACUUUCCAGGAGUCGUAA